AUGGUGAACCUGGAGUCUGUGCAUGCAGAGAUCAAGAUGAGCGGCGAUGCGGCAGAUUCCACAGAUACUCGGCAUGAACCCGACCAGGUGGAGCCAGGAAAUGAACAGAAUGGGCUGGACUUUAACAGGCAGAUUAAAACCGAAGACCUCAGCGACUCCUUGCAAUCUGCAAUCCCUCCUAGGUCAGGUCACCUUGUGCAGGGAUCAUCAAUGAUGCCUGGAAGCCAAAUCGCGGGGGAUAUGAGCUCUCUUCACACCCUGCAGCAGCUUGUAUUGCUUCCCGGUCACAUGCAGUCAGUUCCUCAGUUUCUUCUGUCUCAGUCUCAGGCCGGGCAACAAGCUUUGCAGCCAAACAUCCUCUCCUUCCCUCAGCAACAGGGCAGCCUUCUCCUCUCCCAGCCGGGACCCAGCCUGGCAUCACAGGCUGUGGGCCGUUCUGGACUCCCUGGGUCAUCAGUUGAACCCCACCUGGACGUACCCCAGCAUUUGCAAGUGGCAAAGCACCUAACUCCAUCAGGAGCGUCUGAGGAGCCCAGUGACCUGGAGGAGCUGGAAAAGUUUGCUAAGACUUUCAAACAAAGGCGAAUCAAACUGGGGUUCACACAGGGUGACGUUGGACUUGCCAUGGGGAAGCUCUAUGGCAAUGAUUUCAGCCAGACCACCAUUUCCCGCUUUGAGGCUCUCAACCUGAGCUUUAAGAAUAUGUGCAAGCUCAAACCGCUGCUGGAGAAGUGGCUGAGUGAUGCAGAAUCUGCUCCUUUGGAUUCUUCCGUGAGCACUCCCAAUUCCUACCCCUCAGUGAAUGAGAUGUUUGGACGGAAAAGAAAGAAGCGAACCAGCAUUGAGACCAACAUUCGCUCCACGCUGGAGAAAAGAUUUCAAGACAAUCCCAAGCCCAGUUCAGAGGAGAUAUCCUUGAUAGCAGAGCAGCUCUCCAUGGAGAAGGAGGUGGUUCGGGUCUGGUUCUGCAACCGACGCCAGAAGGAAAAACGGAUCAGCUGCCCAAUGCCAUCCCCCAUUAAAUCACCUAUCUACAAUUCCAGACUGGUCUCUACCUCAGGGUCCUUGGGGCCCCUCUCCGUCAAUCCAGUGCAUAGCACCAUGCCUGGGACUGUAACAUCAUCGUGUUCCCCAGGGAACUCCAGCAGGCCCUCAUCCCCUGGCAGUGCACUCCAUGCCAGCAGCCCCGGCACAGCUCAGAGCAACUCCAAAGCUGCAAUGAACUCGUCCGGUUUCAACUCUUCAGGAUCUUGGUACCGAUGGAAUCAACCUACCUACCUCCACUGA